UGUCAUCACACAACUUAGCCGUUUCGAAUCCGUAACUGUAGUGUACAGUAACAUGCACCUAAUCCCUUUUGACGCAGGGCAGAUCCCAAAAAUAGGUUCACAGGUGCGAAAAACUAAAUAAAAAUAAAACCAAAUAAAUACUGUGACAAACUCUGACAAGUCCAACGCUUGGCGUCGCCCUUGUGCUCCCUCACAAGCUAUAAACAUGGCAGCGUCCUGGUGAAAAGCGUGGUUGUGUAUGUUCACGUCUGCUGCGUUUAAUCCUGUCAUUUAUCGUCCUGUCAUGCACGCGUACGUUUGCUACGUGCAGGAUGACGUCCGGGCCAUUGUACCGGUGUCUCUGAUUCGGAAUUCUCGCCCUCCAAGUGAAACCGACUAUGACAGUUCUCACCGUAUGGUAUACUGGUGUUCUACGAAAGGAGAUGGCAGCGACGAAGAAUAUUACCAGGCAGAAAUAUUGGACCUGGCUGGUUCCAAAGCUGCCAUGAUCUUGAAGAUAAAGAGCCAAAAGCUGCCCAUACCAAGGAUUUUUCACUGCAGCAAGGAUUACCAUCCUGCGAGUGACAAGAAGAAGUCUGGUUCUGACACAAGAAAGGCAAAGGAGAGUGCAAAAAAGCAGCGUUUAAGGGACAUGGCUUCAUGCUCCGUCCAAGGGGGCCGUGCAGUCAAAAAAGGAUAUGGAAAACGCAACCGUUCCUGUUCUGGAGACGACUCAACGUCUUCAGAUGAGAGUGUUGUACCACAACACUUACUGGUUGAGAAGGAUGCAACAAUUGCACGGCUGAGAAAGCGGCUUCGCGAGAAGCAGGAAAAAACAAGUCGUCUGACCCUUGCCCUGCUAGACAAAAUUGAGGUGGCACGACAAGUUGCUGCAGAAGCAGCUCCUCAACCUGCAUGGCCACUUGACGCUCGACAGACAUUUGCUCCUCCACAUGAGUCUCGGGCUGAGGUGUCACAGAACAUUUGCCCUCAGGACGUCUCUCUGCAUGAGGACGUGGUACAACAUGCACUCGUAUCUGGAUAUUUUCUCAUUAGUCAGACCUCCUCCUGUUUCACAGACAAAGAGUGUCUUGGCCUUCAGGAUGACAGUGACGCCCUGCCCAUCAUAACUGUUGAUCAGGGAACUGCUUGCCCAGUCGACUCCACUCGUGCUCCUCCUAUGUUCACAGGCAGUUCGGCAUCAACUUCUGGGGCUCUUGCUCGUCCAGCCUGUACGGUUCAACCAGGGGAGAUGAGGCCAUCUCCAACCAGGGAACUGCAACUAGAACAAAUACAGUAUGAAAUGUACUCAGUGGUUGAUAGCAAGGUCAUCACUCUCGCAUCUGCACUGGAAUCCUGCUACAGCUAUCAGCAAUUCCAGCCAGCUAGAUUUGAUGAUAUCGCCGGAUACGCCGAACCACUUUGCGAAGCCAAGUUGCAGACUGCAGCUUAUGUGCACCAUUGUGAUGAACUUCGGUACUUCAUGACGUCGGUAACUACAGCAGCGCCACAGACUCUGUUAACCGAGACCGGCCAGGAACUUUUCAGUGGGCACAGUGGUACGACACGGAUCGUGUCGCUCAAAUUUCCUAUCAUUUUUAUUCAGGUCAUCACUCUCGCAUCUGCACUGGAAUCCUGCUACAGCUAUCUGCAAUUCCAGCCAGCUAGACUUGAUGCUAUCGCCGGAUACGCCGAACCACUUUGCGAAGCCAAGUUGCAGACUGCAGCUUAUGCGCACCAUUGUGAUGAACUUCGGUACUUCAUGACGUCGGUAACUACAGCAGCGCCACAGACUCUGUUAACCGAGACCGGCCAGGAACUUUUCAGUGGGCACAGUGGUACGACACGGAUCGUGUCGCUCAAAUUUCCUAUCAUUUUUAUUCAGGUCAUCACUCUCGCAUCUGCACUGGAAUCCUGCUACAGCUAUCUGCAAUUCCAGCCAGCUAGACUUGAUGCUAUCGCCGGAUACGCCGAACCACUUUGCGAAGCCAAGUUGCAGACUGCAGCUUAUGCGCACCAUUGUGAUGAACUUCGGUACUUCAUGACGUCGGUAACUACAGCAGCGCCACAGACUCUGUUAACCGAGACCGGCCAGGAACUUUUCAGUGGGCACAGUGGUACGACACGGAUCGUGUCGCUCAAAUUUCCUAUCAUUUUUAUUCAGGUCAUCACUCUCGCAUCUGCACUGGAAUCCUGCUACAGCUAUCUGCAAUUCCAGCCAGCUAGACUUGAUGCUAUCGCCGGAUACGCCGAACCACUUUGCGAAGCCAAGUUGCAGACUGCAGCUUAUGCGCACCAUUGUGAUGAACUUCGGUACUUCAUGACGUCGGUAACUACAGCAGCGCCACAGACUAUGUUAACCGCGAGACCGGCCAGGAACUUUUCAGUGGGCAUAGUGGCACGACACGGAUCAUGUCGCUCAAAUUUCCUAUCAUUUUUAUUCAGGUUCGCCUGGGGGAUGGGCAUUUUAUCCCCAUGGAUAAGUUCGCCUACAUCCAGCGUGGCACCACCGACUCGAAGCUAGUCAAGGAUCUGGCUAGAUAUUUUUGGACCACUGAGGAGUUGGGGACCAGAAACAUGACAGGCCAGCCGUGCCGCAGGCCAGGUAUAACAAC